AUGAACCAUCUUGCGAUGAAGUGCACAAUAGAUGUCCCACCAGUUAAUCUGAUCAAGAAACAGAUGGAAACUUUUGGUGGUAAAAUGACUGUGAAGGCCAUUGUAUCAAAUAAUAAGCUACUGUUUGCUGAAGUUGAUGAUGAUUUUGUGGAUUUCCUAUUUAGCUUGCUGGCUCUCCCCUUAGGAGGGGCCGAGUGGCUAUUGGGCUGUGACACUUGUCUUACAAAUAUAGACAAUUUGUAUAAAAGCCUAUCGAAUAUGGGAAUGAACAAGUAUUUGAAGAGCAUCGACAAAACGAAAGCCCAGCUACUGCAUCCUAUGUUACCAUUAUGCUACUACUCAAGAACACGCUUUCUCUCACCGACUUUCCAUUGUUUGUAUUUUAGUCAAGAUAGUAUGCACUCUGUGAACCCAUCUGGUUGUGGUUCUCAGGUGAAAUGUUAUAAAUUUCCAGAAGGAGAAGUGGAGUACAGUAGGUUGACCUGCCUAUGGGUGCUUAAAUAUUGGCAGGCGAAAUAUGUAAAAGGACAAACUAUAUAUAUGGUGACCGAUGAUUUAACUGUGACGCCAUUGUCUUCAGCCACUGGACUUUCUGUUCUCAAUAACCUCAAAAUCCCAUUAUCUAAUGUCGAAGAACUCGAGCUGGUUGUUGGCCUAGAAGAGGCUCUGAGCAUACUGAAAGCGUCUCUGACUUCGUCUUGCGCCUUAACCGAUGGCCUCAUCACUCCUUUUUUAAUGAAACAACCGAAGCAAGAGGGAUGA